GGGUUUUCGCAUUUUUGUACUCACUCGUUAGGAGCACCACCAGCAUCCCUGCCACGCAUGGAGGUAGGACUAGCACGCCCUAAACAAAGGCCACCCUUUUCUGCCACCACUACCCCAAACCCUCUAGAGCAGCUGGCUUCGACUGCCUCCGUUGACAACCCAGCAAUCCCAGGAUAUCAAUCUUGUUGGGAUGAGUUCUCCAUUGAUGGUUCAUCCAGCAUUCAAUCCAGAGACACCUUGCAGUCAAUUGUGAAUAGCUCAUCCCACUGCCAGUAUUCUCCUCACGGGAGUCUGCUUUCACUUGACCAGAACAAGUUGCUCCAACACAUUGAGUCAUCAUGCUUUGAUCCUCAACAAGAGCAGUUAAUUGGGAUAUCUUCCGGGAUUGUUUCUACAGCUAAUUCAAGUAAUUCUUCAUCUUCAGCAGCAGCAUACUCUAGGAAAACAAGAAUGAGAUGGACUCCAGAUCUUCAUGAGAAGUUCAUCAACAGUGUCAAUCGCCUUGGUGGUGCUGAGAAGGCAACACCAAGGGCAAUACUGAAGCUAAUGGGAUCAAAUGGAUUGACAAUUCUCCAUGUUAAAAGUCAUUUGCAGCGCAGUAGCAUGCAAGUGAUCGAGAUUUUGCAUAAUCAGCAAGAUCUUCAGAGGCAUCUCCAUGAACAGUUAGAGAUUCAAAAGAAUCUACAGCAGUUGAUUGAGGAACAAGGAAGGCAGCUUAAGGCAAUGCUUGAACAACAAAAUCAAACAAGAUAAAAUUCCUGAAGGAAUCUCAGAACUUGAUUAUAUUACCAUUUAGAAUAGGAAACACAGCAGCUUGAUUGUCUAUUCUGUUGUUUAUUAUUAUACUUUUCUCGGCUUUUUGCUUAAGAUUGAUUAAGUAUAGUAUCUGUUUUUGUCAGUUUAACAUUUAAGAGUGGGUAUCGCUCACGUGUUGUGCUACGGGCCCCGGGGCACCCCACCAAUACAAGUUGAAGUUUUGU